GAAAACCCAAUAGUCCCCAAAACAAAGCUCAUCGUCAUCUUCGAGCUCUACAAUCCCCUUAGUCAGAGAAGAGAGAGAGAGAGAGAGUCGGUGAUCGGAGCAAUGGGCGGAGGCGAACAUGCUCACGGGGAAGGGGCCCACGGAGGUGACUUCAGGGCGAAGGUGUGGAGCAUGAGCGGUGGGCCCUACUGCAGGCCCAAGCACUGGAAGCGCAACACCGCGAUCGCCAUGUUCGGCGUCUUCCUCGUCUGCAUUCCCAUCGCUAUGAAAUCUGCCGAGCUCGAGCAACGGCCACAUCACCCAGUUCGCCCCAUUCCUUCACAAAUGUGGUGCAAGAACUUUGGAAAGAAGGACGACUACUGAGUUUGUUUUUGGAGCAUCCAGUAAAAGAAGUACAGGUGGAGGUUGUGUAACUAAAGCUUCCAGGAUGCAAAUUAUUCCUUGUGGUAGUUGUUUGCUGAGAUUAUAAGCGAGCAGCCUUUUAAGACAUUUUUGUGAUCAGACUUCAACAGUACUGAAUUUAUGACUCAUUGUGUGAGUUUUUGACUUGCUAUACAAUCAAUUGCCAAAAUAAAUUGUCAACUCGCGUUCUAGCUUAAAGUAAUAAGAUCCCUGAACUGUUCAUACUUGUUUUGCUGAUAGCCUCAAACUUUAAGCAUCAAAAUAUGCAUGUAUAAUAUGAAGUUUAAAGUC